GCCCUAGCCAGCUUCCGUAGCCUUCUCGCGGAACUACGGCACUCGACUCGGGCGGUGCCGCGUGACCGGAAGCGGCCCUGUCGGGGAGAGAGAGGGCUUGCUGGGAGCCGCGAGUCGCGGUGGCUGCAGAGCAGGGAGAGUACCUGGAACCACUUCUGACCCAGUAGCUUUGGCCAUGGCUACAGGGAUAAUAUGCCGAAGAUGCGCAGGAAGAUCCUGCAGGACAGCCACAUUUUCUACUACAACCAAGGCUGCGAGCAAGAGGAUAUUCUUCAGAAAAACAGAAGAGGGCCAGAGCUCCAAGAACACAGGCAAGCAUUCUAAACCUGCUGUCAUGCUCAGACUGUGGAAUCCUCCCGAAUACAAGAUCUCUCUCAAUCCAUCAGCCUACGCAGGGACAAAAUGUGUGUCGCAUGAGGAUGCAUCAAGAAGUCUCAGUGGUGGGUCACUUGAAAGUGACUACACUAGAAUCAGUGCCAAACAGAUCCAGAAUACAUACAGCAUUACCUGCUCACGGAGGCUUUCAUGCACAAAGAACACACUAUUGGAUUUGGAAAGCAAUAAGGCUCUCUUCACCCCGGCCAGCCUGACACAGCUGAGGAAAGUGGACCCUGUGGAAGAUGAUGGACAGACUGCUGAUGUGGAGGCCUAUGAUACUAAGGAAGAUCCCAGGGUAUUUCAGAAGCAAAGGCCCGAAUACAAAUUUCUGUGCUACAACAGAUCUGAACCCCUUCAGCCCCUUUCCAUAGAAGAAGGUAACUUAAUUCUGCAAAACGUUGCUGUGCUCAGAAGCAGCCUGAAGCCAGGAACCAUUGCAGAGUAUUUCUUCAGACUAAGCUGCUUGACAACAGAGCAUCUUGAAAUCAUGAGUUCCAAUACUAGAUUUGCUAUGCUGUGUCGCUAUGGAGUUGAGAACAUACAGCUAUUUGAUAUUUUUGAGCUUGUGAAAAUUUUGAAAGCAUUUGUCUGCUUAGCCAUUCCACCCACCCACUCCAUGUUGAAGGUGUAUGAAACUGAGUGUUGCCGCCGAGCUUCGGAUAUGAGCUUAGAUCAGCAGCUGAUGGUAGCUGACCUGUGGCGUUGUUUGAGACGCAGCGUCCCUCAGUACUUGGAUACUGUAUUCAGCUAUGUUAACUUGCACUGGACGAAUCUCACUUUGCCCCAGCUAGUUCAGUUAGUCUACAUCAUAGGUGAAGGCCGCAAAGCCCCUGAAGAUUUGAUGAAAAAACUAGACACCUUGGUGCUGAAGUACUUGCACUCUCUCAACCUAGAAGAAGUGGGCGCCAUUUGCCUAGGAUAUUUCAAGUCGCGCAAUGGUCUUUCAGAACAGACGAUGCGAAAAAUUGGAGAUAAAGUCUCUGCCCAUUUGGCAGACAUGAGCAGUUAUGCCUUAGUGAAUGUCCUCAAGAUGUAUCGUUACACUCAUGUGGAUGAUAUGGACUUUUUGGAGGAGCUUGGGAAUGUAGCUCCUUCACGGAUACCAAGUAUAGGCAUUCAAGGUGUCAUGCAUAUAACACUUGGCUGUUCAGCUCUGCAUUAUCUUGAUGAAAGGAUCAUGAAUGCUGUUGCCUCUUCUAUACCUUCCAGGGCCGCUUAUUGCCGAAGCAAAGAUAUUGCCAAAUUAUUGUGGUCGUUUGGAAGCCUGAACUAUGAGCCACCCAAUGCAGAGGAAUUUUAUGCCAGCCUCGAGGAACAGAUGCACAUAAAGUUACCUGAGUUUCAGAAAUUCCCUGAGCAUCUCCUCACUGCCUUGUUGGCUCUAGCAUUUGCAAAGCGUUUCCCAGAUGACUUGAUAAACUAUGCUCUAAGCCCCAAGUUUAUCAGAUUAACCAGAGGGAGUAAAUUUGACCUCCUGAAGGACUUGUUCACCCUUGAUGGCACAGUGGAGAUUGAAUGUCCCAGCUACACAGGGAAUCGCUUAGUGCCGCAGCUCAGGCAAGAGGCAACUGAGAUGCUGUGGAACUUUGCCAAGAAGGAGAUUUGCCUGAAGCCUGAAAUCACGGACGCGGUCUCUCUACUGGAAGAUAUGUUGGGUGGGCCCCAGUAUGUCAAAAACCACAUGAUCUUGCCUCAUACCAGAUCAGUUGAUCUGGAAAUUCAUUUGGACUCUGGCCAGAAACCUUUGCCUUUUAAUGCAGAAGCUGUUCCAACAAAAAAACUUGAGCUGAAGGAGAGUGGAGUACCUCUUACAGAUGACUUAAUGAAUCAGCUCUUAAAGAGGAAGUCUAGCAGCCAGACCUCAGUAGAUGAUUGUGAAAACAAGAUAGAAAAGUGUACCCACAAAAGACAGGCACUGCAGGAACAGUCUUUGUCCAGGUGGGAUCCUGUCAUGUUUUCUGAUGGAGUUCCGCUCACUGGCACCAUCUUGAAAGCAUUGACCAAAUCAACAGCUUCUUGUGAAAGUCCAGCCUUUACGGUGCAGCCGCAUGGGGUAAUGAAACUAGCCAUCCAAGUGUCCAAUAGGAACCACUACUGCUGUAGUUCAAAACGCUUGCUGGGACUGCACAAUAUGAAAAGGAGGCAGCUCUGCCAAAUUGGGUACACAGUGAUAGAACUACCUUUCUGGGAAUGGUUUCACUUGCUCAGACGCAGCCGUUCAGAAAAACUGAGCUAUUUGCAUCAUAAAAUAUUUGGCUCUGUGGUAUAGGAGGGAACCGAAAUCCUAAAAGGCAAACUGGCAUGCUGAUGUCCUUUUGGUUUCGGCUACCGUCUUUGGGACACCAUAGACAAGUGGCUUUCCAGUGGAACAUAAACUUAGACUUUCUCUAAGCUACUUAAUUCUAAUUUAAGCAUACCCCUUUCAGGGUCUGCAACACCUACACACACGAAUCAGCGUGCUUGCUCUUUGUAAAUGGUUACUACAGUGAUUUUCUUGUAAAUAAAAAAAAAUUCCCCUAAUAUAA